AUGGCGGACGACGACGACCCACCUCCGCCCAGCAAGAAGCUGCGUCGGAAGCAGGCGAAGGCGCAGUGGCUGGCGGCGCGUAGAGCUGCGCAAGUGGCCAGUGGCACCCACAGAUCGUCACGGAAGCGUCGGAAUCAGCGCCAGAGCCACGUGCGCGCAGAUGUCGGGCGCUGGCCGACCGUCCGCUCGCGUACGUGCUCGUCCACUACUUGUGCCCAUCGAGUGGCGGGCAGCGCCUGUGUCGUCCGCUGCAUCGAUCCCUACGUACACCGCUUUGCUCUCUUCGCCAAAGGCCGAUGGACGGGCCAUACACUGCGUGAGCUGUUUGCGCGCGAGUUCCCGACGCUGUCGUCGGCCUAUUGCGCGCAGGCGGUGCACUUGGGACUCGUUCGAGUGAACGGAAGCGCCACACGUCUCGAGUCGGUGCUCCAGAGCGGCGACUUUCUCGAGCACUGGAAGCACCGACACGAACCCGACGUCCACUGUCCAUUGACUGGGGACCCGCAGCAGCAGCAGCAGCUCAUUGAUGCGACGGCGCUGUCCUCGACGUGGAUCCACUACGAGACGAGCGAGUUGCUGGUCGUCAACAAACCCUCUGGCCUUCCUGUGCACCCGAGCGGUAGUUAUUACUAUAACUCGCUGGUGCACUUGCUGCAGCACGAACGGAGAUGCGAAGCUGCCGCAAAAAGCAGUGAGGAAGCCGUCGAUCGGCUGACGCUGUUCCCGGUACAUCGGCUGGAUCGACUCACGUCGGGUCUGCUGUUGCUCGCCAAGUCGGCCGAUAGCGCACGUCGCCUCACUGCCGAGUUGACGAGUUGCUCGUCAGUGAACGGCUCCGAGCGUCGCGUCGUGCAGAAGUCGUACGUCGCACGAGUUACGGGCGAGUUCCCACAGGAUGAGACGGCGUCGACAUGGGCCCAUGUCGACGGAAGACGCUCGGGACUCGUGACGAUCGAAGCAGUGGACGACGGCUUUUGGCGAGUGACAGCUGCUAUUGGAUUGAAGAGUCCUCGUCAAGGACAUGUGCGAUGUGUGACAAACGCGCCGUCGGCCAAGUCGUGUGUGACGCUUCUGCGUUGUCGUGGAAAAGCAGAGAACGGGCAAAGUAUUGUCGAGUGUCAACUGGUGACCGGCCGCACGCAUCAGAUCCGCGUCCAUCUACAGCACUUGGGGUUCCCAAUUGUCAAUGAUCCCGUCUAUGGUCCCGUGACGACUGAGAGGGGACGAGCAGUAGCAGACGAAUCGCCAGCAGCACUUGAAGUGUCGUCGGUCCACGUCGAGGAAACGCUCUCGUCCACUGGAACUGCGUCACCUGUUGAAGACAGUGAUCGAGAGAAGGAAGAGCGAUGUCUUCGCGCGUGUGAUAUCUGCGUUGGUGCCAUGCAAGAACAAAGCGGAACAACAGAAGAUGGUGACGCGACGGACGGUGGGUUAUGGCUACAUUCGUAUCGCUACGCAGGACGUGACUGGUCGUACGAGGUGCCAUUACCAGUAUGGGCUCAUGUCCACGAGGCCGAAACGCGUUAA